AUGAGUGGUCACGAUUCCAAGUACUUCUCUACGACGAAGAAGGGAGAGAUCCCUGAGCUCAAGGAAGAGCUUAAUUCGCAGUAUAAGGAUAAGAGAAAAGAUGCGGUUAAGAAGGUUAUUGCGGCAAUGACUGUUGGAAAGGAUGUUUCAUCACUUUUCACUGAUGUAGUCAAUUGCAUGCAAACGGAAAAUCUGGAGCUGAAGAAGCUUGUUUACCUAUAUCUCAUCAAUUAUGCUAAAAGCCAGCCAGAUCUCGCUAUUCUUGCAGUAAAUACCUUUGUGAAGGAUUCACAGGAUCCAAAUCCGCUGAUCCGUGCUCUAGCUGUGCGGACAAUGGGCUGCAUUCGUGUUGAUAAAAUCACAGAAUAUCUAUGUGAUCCUCUUCAGAAAUGCCUAAAGGAUGAUGAUCCAUAUGUCAGAAAGACAGCGGCUAUUUGUGUUGCUAAGCUUUUUGACAUAAAUGCUGAAUUGGUUGAGGAUAGGGGUUUUCUUGAAGCAUUGAAGGAUCUGAUAUCGGAUAAUAAUCCGAUGGUUGUUGCCAAUGCUGUAGCAGCCCUUGCAGAGAUUCAAGAGAAUAGUACUAGCCCCAUAUUUGAGAUCAAUAGUACCACCCUUACAAAGCUCCUUACCGCUCUAAAUGAAUGCACUGAGUGGGGUCAGGUGUUUAUAUUAGAUGCUUUAUCGAGGUAUAAAGCAGCUGAUCCCCGUGAAGCUGAAAAUAUUGUUGAGAGAGUCACGCCAAGGUUGCAACAUGCAAACUGCGCUGUUGUGCUUUCUGCUGUUAAGAUGAUCCUUCAACAAAUGGAACUUAUUACUAGUACAGACGUGAUUCGAAAUCUUUGCAAGAAGAUGGCUCCACCCCUAGUUACAUUGCUUUCUGCAGAACCUGAGAUUCAGUAUGUUGCACUUCGUAACAUUAAUCUUAUUGUGCAAAAACGACCCACAAUCCUUGCCCAUGAAAUCAAGGUUUUCUUCUGCAAGUAUAACGACCCAAUUUAUGUUAAGAUGGAGAAGUUGGAGAUUAUGAUAAAACUUGCCUCUGACAGAAACAUAGACCAGGUUCUUCUGGAGUUCAAAGAGUAUGCUACAGAAGUUGACGUUGAUUUUGUUAGAAAGGCUGUUCGUGCGAUAGGCCGAUGUGCUAUCAAACUAGAGAGAGCAGCUGAACGUUGCAUCAGUGUGUUGCUUGAGUUGAUCAAGAUCAAAGUAAAUUAUGUUGUUCAGGAGGCCAUUAUUGUCAUCAAAGAUAUCUUCAGAAGAUAUCCAAACACGUAUGAGUCCAUCAUUGCCACUCUCUGUGAGAGUUUAGACACUUUGGAUGAACCAGAAGCUAAGGCAUCUAUGAUAUGGAUCAUUGGUGAGUAUGCUGAAAGAAUCGACAAUGCUGAUGAGCUUCUUGAAAGCUUCCUUGAGAGUUUUCCUGAGGAACCAGCACAGGUCCAGCUGCAGCUUCUGACCGCUACCGUUAAAUUAUUUCUAAAGAAGCCAACUGAAGGCCCUCAAGAAAUGAUUCAGAUUGUUUUAAAUAACGCUACUGUGGAGACGGAUAAUCCUGAUCUCAGAGAUCGUGCAUACAUAUACUGGCGUCUUCUAUCUACUGAUCCUGAGGCGGCCAAGGAUGUUGUUUUAGCUGAAAAGCCUGUGAUUACUGACGACUCAAACCAACUUGACCCAUCACUCCUUGAUGAGUUGCUUGCCAAUAUUUCAACCUUGUCCUCUGUGUAUCACAAGCCACCAGAGGCUUUUGUGACCCGCUUGAAAACCACGGUUCAGAAAACAGAAGACGAGGACUUUGCAGAAGGAAGCGAAACAGGAUACUCAUCUGGUAAUCCGGUUGAUAGUGCGGCUUCCCCUCCAGCCACCACAGGUAAUAUCCAUCCUGCAGGAAGACAGCCAGCUCCUGCACCGGCAGUCCCAGCUCCUGUGCCUGAUCUGCUAGGUGACUUGAUGGGAUUGGAUAAUGCUGCAAUUGUCCCAGUUGACGAACCCACGGCUCCAUCUGGGCCUCCAUUGCCUGUUGUUGUGAACGGUCAAGGUCUGCAGAUAAGCGCUCAAUUAACCCGAAGGGAUGGACAAGUAUUCUAUAGUAUGCUUUUUGAGAAUAACUCGCAGGUGGUUCUUGAUGGUUUCAUGAUUCAGUUCAACAAGAACACAUUCGGUCUUGCAGCUGCCGGUCCUCUUCAGAUUCCGCCUUUGCAUCCCGGAACAUCUGCCAGGACGAUGCUGCCUAUGGUCUUGUUCCAGAACAUGUCUGUUGGACCUCCAAGCUCUGCCUUACAAGUUGCUGUCAAAAACAAUCAGCAGCCUGUUUUGUACUUCACCGAUAAGAUUAUACUUCAUGCUCUUUUCGGUGAAGACGGUAGAAUGGAACGUGGAACCUUCCUCGAGACAUGGAGGUCCUUACCUGACUCGAACGAAGUCCAAAAAGAGUUUCCGGGGAUCACCAUCACGAGCGUUGAAUCAACUAUUGAAUUGCUCGCAGCAUUCAACAUGUUCUUCAUAGCAAAGCGCAAGAACGGGAGCCAAGACGUCAUCUAUCUAUCAGCAAAGGUUCCGAGAGAUGUACCGUUCUUGAUCGAACUCACUGCAAUGGUAGGUCAACCAGGACUCAAAUGCGCAGUGAAAACGCCCAGUCCCGAGAUUGCGCCUUUCUUCUUCGAAGCCGUCGAGCUUCUCUUCAAGGCUUGA